AAAAGUCAAUAUUGCAAGUCUUCUUCAUCUUCAAACUUUCUCCUUUUUCUCCAAUAGUCAAGGUUGAAUCUUCACACCAAUCAAACAUUGCAAAUUAAAUUUUAGUUUCAUACCAUCAUUAAAUACUAAUAGUCAAUACAUACUAUACUAUAUAAUAGUACAUACAUUUAGUAAGUCACAUAAUACUAUGACCAAUAUCUUUCAUUAAAGUCUUUCUUAUAUAGCUCUCUCACAUGAGAGCUUAGGAGCCAAAUAAUCAUGAAGAAAGGAUGUUUAGCUCCAAAUCUCAAACUCAAUGUUCCUUCAUCUAAUCAAGCUUCUUUUGCAAAGUUCUUGACUCAAAGUGGUACUUUUAAAGAAGGGAACUUGCUUGUUAAUAAAGAUGGAGUUAGAAUUGUUUCUCAAAGUGAAGUUGAAACUCAACCACCAAUCAAGCCAAUAGACAAUCAGAUAAGUUUGGCAGAGAUUGAUACAAUCAAAGUGAUUGGAAAAGGAAAUGGAGGGAUAGUCCAAUUGGUGCAACAUAAAUGGACUAAUCAGUUUUUUGCAUUAAAGCAAAUUCAAAUGAAUCUUGAGGAUGCAACAUGCAAGCAGAUAGCAAAAGAGCUAAAAAUCAAUCAAUCAGCACUAUGUCCUUAUGUUGUUGUUUGUUACCAAUCAAUCUAUGAUAAUGGCACCAUAUCAAUCAUCUUAGAGUACAUGGAUGGUGGGUCCUUAGAGGAUCUUCUCAACAAAGUUAAAACAAUUCCAGAACCAUUUCUUGCUGCAAUAUGCAAGCAGGUGCUGAAGGGUUUGAUGUAUCUUCACCAUGAGAAACACAUAAUUCAUAGGGACUUGAAACCUUCUAAUAUACUGAUAAAUCAUAGAGGGGAGGUGAAAAUUACUGAUUUUGGUGUAAGUGCAAUUAUGGAAUCUACAUCUGGUCAAGCAAAUACUUUCAUUGGUACAUACAACUAUAUGUCUCCAGAAAGAAUCAAAGCAAGCGACAGCGAACAAGGCUACAAUUACAAAAGUGAUAUAUGGAGCUUAGGACUGAUGUUGCUCAAGUGUGCUACUGGGAAGUUUCCAUAUACACCGCCAGAUAACAGUGAAGGAUGGGAAAAUUUGUUUCUGCUUAUUGAAGCAAUUGUUGAAAAACCUUCACCGAGUGCUCCACCUGAUGAAUGUUCUCCUGAAUUUUGCUCAUUUAUCUCAGCAUGUUUACAGAAAAAUCCGAGGGACAGACCAUCAACUCGAAACCUAUUGAGGCAUCCUUUUGUCAACAUGUAUGAUGACUUGCAUGUGGAUCUUUCAGAUUAUUUCUCCAAUGCAGGGUCUACACUUGCAACCAUUUCAAACUAAGCAUUUCUAUUUUUGGACUUUAUUCGAUCUAAGGGUAAAAGGUUAUUCUAAUUUGAAUGUAGUUCACUAUAUGAACAAAAUGAGGCAGUGGUUUGUAAGUGUAAACUGAAAACACAACAGAUGAUCAUGUUUUGGUGAUCCGAAAUGAUAUGACCGAAUUCUUAUUUUCUAUUAGA